AUGCGUAGAACGGGGGAGCCAGGGCGACGUCGGACGCGGAGCGUGGAGGUCGCCCGGGGGCGCGCGGGCUACGGCUUCACUGUGUCUGGACAGGCGCCCUGCGUGCUCAGCUGUGUCAUGCGGGGCGGCCCCGCGGACUUCGUUGGCCUGCGCGCCGGAGACCAGAUACUCGCCGUGAAUGAGAUCAACGUGAAGAAGGCGUCUCACGAGGAUGUCGUCAAGCUGAUAGGGAGAUGUUCAGGCGUCCUCCACAUGGUGGUCGGCGAGGGUGCUGGCCACCUGGAGUCCUGCUCCAGUGACGAAGAGGUCGGGUUUUAUGAAGGAAAGGGCUGGCUGAAGCCCAAGCUUGAUUCUAAAGCGUUAGGUAUAAACAGAGCCGAGAGAGUCGUUGCAGAAAUGCAGUCCGGGGGCAUUUUCAGCAUGAUUUUCGAGAACCCUAGCCUGUGUGCAGCUCCUCCGGAGCCCUUGAAGUCUAGACAAAGACCCCUGUCCGAGUCGGCCGCUGUGCGAUGGGACCCUGGACGGGAAAGGGGCGCCCUGGCCCACCCCGGCGUGCUUUCCAGGGAGGAAGCAGUGAAGGUGAGCCACGAUGCCGCGGUGUUGAGCGUGGACCUAGACGGUCACGAGGAGUUGGUGUUGGAUGCGAGCAUUUUGAACGUGGCCAUGGUUGUGGGCUACCUGGGGUCCAUCGAGCUGCCCUCCACCAGCUGCAGCCUGGAGGACGAGAGCUUGCAGGCCAUCCGGGGCUGCAUGCGGCGCCUGCGGGUGGGGCAGAAGGUCCACUCGCUGGUGGCCAUGAAGGUCAUGCACGACUGCGUGCAGCUGUGCACCGACAGGGCGGGCGUGCUGGCCACCUACCCCGCCGAGAAGCUGGCCUUCAGUGCCCUGUGCCCUGACGACCGGCGCUUCUUUGGGCUCGUGACUAUGCAGACCAGUGACGACGGGAGCCUGGCGCAGGACGAGGAGGGGGCCCUGCGGACUUCCUGCCAUGUGUUCAUGGUGGACCCCGACCUGUUCAAUCACAAGAUCCACCAGGGCAUCGCGCGGCGCUUUGGCUUUGAGUGCACCGCAGACCCUGACACCAGCGGCUGCUUGGAGUUCCCCGCCUCCUCCCUGCCGGUCCUGCAGUUCAUCUCCGUUCUGUACAGAGACAUGGGCGAGCUGAUCGAAGGCAUGCGCGCCCGGGCCUUCCUGGACGGUGACGCGGACGCCCACCAGAACAACAGCACCAGCAGCAACAGCGACAGCGGCAUCGGGAACUUCAACCAGGAGGAGAAGAGCGCCCGUGUCCUCGUGGUUGACCUGGGCGGGGGCCCCAGCAAGCACGGCCCCGCUGGUGGCGCUGGGCGGGAAGGCGUGGCUGGGAGGGGAGCUCCCCCCUGGGCCCCCCCCUGGAACGGCACCUUCUGCCACGACCAGGAAGGGAGUGGCCCCUUGGAGGGCCCCCCGCAGACAGACAGGUUCCGGGACUUAAAUAAGCAUCUGGGACCGGGUUCCCACGGGGAGCUUCCGCCGGCGGCGCCGCGCGGCUCGGUCCCUCCUUCCAAGCGGAGCGGGCUGGGGACGGGCAGCGGCUCCCACCAGAGGUGGCUCCCGGUCCACGUCCUCCAGGAGUGGCAGUGUGGCCACGCCAGCGACCAAGAGUCCUAUACCGAUUCCACUGACGGGUGGUCCAGCAUCAACUGUGGCACGCUGCCCCCGCCCAUGAGCAAGAUCCCGGCCGACCGCUACCGGGUGGAGGGCAGCUUCAUGCAGCCCCUGCUGGGCGCCCAGAAGAGCGAGUGGUCCAGGAAGGCGUUUGCGAUGCCGAACAUUUUUGGUCCUCAUCGAAAUGUGAGAAAGACAAAAGAAGACAAAAAGGGCCCGCGGUUCGGGUGCGGAGCCGGGCUCGCCCAGACUUCGCAGCGGACGUCGGCACGGCGGUCGUUUGGAAGGUCCAAGAGAUUCAGCAUCACCCGCUCGCUGGACGACCUGGAGUCUGCGACUGUGUCUGAUGGUGAGCUGGACGGCGGUGGCCUCAAGGACUGCGCGAGCAACCACAGCCUGAGCAGCAAUGCCAGCCUCCCCAGCGUGCAGAGCUGUCGGCACCUGCGUGCCAGGCGGGUCGCCAGCUGGGCCGUGUCCUUCGAGCGCCUCCUCCAGGACCCUGUUGGCGUUAAGUACUUCUCUGAUUUCCUGAGGAAGGAAUUCAGCGAGGAGAACAUUUUAUUCUGGCAGGCCUGUGAAUACUUUAACCAUGUUCCCGCACACGACAAGAGAGAGCUCUCCUACAGGGCCCGCGAGAUUUUCACUAAGUUCCUGUGCAGCAAAGCCACCACCCCAGUCAACAUUGACAGCCAGGCACAGCUGGCAGACGACAUCCUCAAUGCCCCGCACCCCGACAUGUUCAAGGACCAGCAGCUCCAGAUUUUCAACCUGAUGAAGUUCGAUAGCUACACGCGCUUCCUCAAGUCUCAGCUGUACCAGGAAUGCAUCCUGGCCGAGGUGGAGGGCCGCUCGCUGCCGGACGCACACCAGGUGCCCAGCAGCCCGGCCUCCAAGCACAGUGUUGGCUCAGACCACUCCAAUGUCUCCACACCCAAGAAGUUAAGUGGAAAGUCAAAGUCCGGCAGGUCCCUGAAUGAAGAUAUAGGGGAGGAGGACAGUGAGAAGAAGCGGAAGGGACCGUUUUUCUCCUGGUCAAGGAACCGGAGCACGGGGCGGUCGCAGAAGAAGAAAGAGCACGGUGACCAUCCCCACGACUCUCCUCAUGCCAACGGAGGCCUGUGCCGCAGGGAGUCCCAGGGCUCUGCGUCCUCUGCGGGGAGCCUCGACCUGGCAGAGGUCUGCAGGGCCCCAGGGCCUGAGCAGGAGAAGGCCAGGCACUGCCGCGUGCACCUCCCGAAUGGCACGGCCUGCACCGUGCCCGUCAGGACGGGUACCUCUGUCAAGGAGGCUCUAACUGGGCUCUGCGAGCGGUACGGCAUCAACGGGGCGGCUGUGGAUCUCUUCCUUGUCGGUGGGGAUAAGCCUCUGGUGCUCCAGCAGGACAGCAGCAUUCUGGAAUCCAGGGAGCUGCGCCUGGAGAAGCGCACCCUGUUCCGGCUGGAUCUUGUUCCCAUUAACCGGUCAGUGGGACUAAAGGCCAAACCCACCAAGCCGGUCACAGAAGUGCUGCGGCCUGUGGUGGCCAAGUACGGCCUGGACCUGCGUGACCUCACCGUGCGGCUGAGUGGCGAGAAGACUCUCCUAGACCUCGGCGCCCCCAUUUCCAGUCUGGACGGACAGCGGGUUGUGCUGGAGGAGAGGGACCCCUCCCGGGGGAAAGUGUCCACAGAGAAACAGAAGGGGGCAGCAGGCAAGCACAGUGUAGCGGUAGAGCCGAGUUCCAGAAGCCACACAGCUACGGGAGAGGAGAGGACGCUAGGCAAGUCUAACUCUAUUAAGAUAAAAGGCGAAAAUGGAAAAAGUGCUAGGGAGCCCCGGCUUUCAAAGAGAGAAGAACCUAUUGCAAAGAUUGGGAAAAAAAAAAAUCAGAAAAUUAAUUUGGACGAAGCGGAGGAGUUUUUUGAGCUCAUUUCCAAAGCUCAGAGCAACCGGGCAGAUGACCAGCGCGGGCUGCUGAGGAAGGAAGACCUGGUGCUGCCCGCGUUCCUCCGCCUGCCGCCCGCCGCGGCCCAGGGCCCGAGCAAGAGGCUGGGCAAGAGCCGCAGCCAGGACAGCGCCGCGCCGCCCGGCGAGAGCCCCGCCAGCAGCCCCGGCUCGGCCGGCAGCCCGCCCGGGCAGCCCCCCGCCGCGCAGGUCUGGCGGCGACAGUCGCGGGAGGUGGUGGGCGCGCAGAGCCCGCAGGAGGAGCCCGCCGCCGACCUGACGCUGGUGGCCGAGGGCCACCUCAGCAGCCCCAGCUGCAGCCUGCUGCCCGGGCCGCCCGCCGGCGCGCCCCCAGCGCCGCGGCCGGACGCGCAGGACACGCCGGGAGCCCAGAAACCAGGUACCUCCAGAGUGUGA